GCCACGGGAUGUUGGUGGAGGGACAUCCGGACGCUGAACACUGGGGAAGACGACUAAUGGCUUCAGUACCAGACAAUGAAACGGAGCAGAAGAACUGUUCAGCGCCAGCAAUACACGAGUUCCCCAAUGACUUUUUCUCCAACCAAGAACGAAAGAGUGGGGCCGUCCUGCUGCACAUUGUGGCGGCACUCUACAUGUUUCUGGCCCUCGCCAUAACAUGUGACGAAUAUUUUGUGACAGCGCUGGAGAAGAUCUGUGAGAAAUUAGAUCUGAGUGAAGAUGUUGCAGGAGCCACCUUCAUGGCAGCUGGCAGUUCUGCACCAGAGCUUUUUGCAUCUGUCAUUGGUGUCUUCAUCACCCACGGUGAUGUGGGGGUGGGGACCAUCGUCGGCUCAGCGGUCUUCAACAUCCUUUGCAUCAUUGGUGUCUGUGGGAUCUUCGCUGGACAGGUGGUGAUAUUGACCCGGUGGGCAGUUUUCAGGGAUUCCUUCUACUACAUCCUCUCUGUAUUGGCUUUGAUUGCAUUUAUCUACGACGAGAAGAUAGUUUGAUUCAACUCCAGCAUGCAGAGAUUUUUCAUGGGGAAUUCAAAGAAGAAGAACGUGGCCAACGGUAACGCUGCGGCCAGCAGUGAGAUGGAGGACGGUAAUACUAGUUAUGACUAUGUUUGGGAUGACGACCCGUCAUCGCCUUUACUCUCGACAGUCAAGCCAAGCAAGGCUUACAGCCGCGGAUCGGUGGUGAUGGUGGACGAGAUCAUGAACGCUAGUCCUUCCAAGUUCAGGUUUCCAGAAGCUGGCCUCCGCGUUAUGGUCACCAGCCAUUUUGGACCCAAGACCCGUCUGCGCAUGGCCAGUCGCCUCAUCAUUACAGAGCGCCAGAAGUUGGUCCAAGCCGCCAAUGGAGUGGAGACACAAGUGAUUGACGGGAAGGUUGAAAUCGAGAAUGGAAACGUGCCAGAGGACAAACCCACCGAGGCGGAGGAAAACGACACCAUCUCGCCGUUUCAUGUUCCAAGGGGUAUUGGCAGCAAGGUGAAGUGGCUGCUCUCGUGGCCUCUGCUCUUGUUGCUGUUCCUUACCGUCCCGAACUGUGCCAAGCCUCGCUGGGAGAAAUUCUUCAUGGUCUCCUUCAUCCUGUCCACUGUCUGGAUUGCUGUCUUCUCCUACUUCAUGGUCUGGAUGGUGACUAUAAUUGGCUACACUCUGGGAAUCCCUGAUGUCAUCAUGGGCAUCACUUUCCUGGCCGCUGGCACCAGUGUCCCAGACUGCAUAGCCAGCCUCAUUGUGGCUCGGCAAGGUUUGGGAGACAUGGCGGUGUCCAACACUAUUGGCAGCAAUGUGUUUGAUAUUCUAGUGGGACUUGGGGUCCCAUGGGCAAUACAGACCAUGUGCGUCAGCUAUGGAUCAGAGGUAAUGAUUAACAGUCGGGGCCUGGUGUACUCGGUGGUGCUCCUGCUGGGCUCUGUGGCCCUCACGGUGCUGGGCAUCCACCUGAAUAAAUGGAGGCUGGACGUGAAGCUGGGCUUGUACGUCCUCAUCCUGUACGCCAUCUUCCUCUGCUUCUCCGUCAUGAUCGAGUACAACGUCUUCACCUUCGUCAACCUGCCCAUGUGCAUGGAGGAUUAGGGCACGGCAGCAUGCCUCGGAUACCAAAACCUCAGCGCUCCCAUAGCAACCCCAAAUUCUUCUUCUUUUUUUCUUUCUUUUUUUUUUUUUUCCAAUAAUACUGGACCUAUCUGCAGACUCCUUUUGUCCUCCUUCACGCUCUCUCCCUUGUAAUCCUUUUAGUCCCAAAUAUGAAUCUCAUUUCCUCAAGAGGCAGUACACACUGUAAGAGUGGACUCCAUUCUAUGACUCUAAUUUGUCCUCUUGUCACACAGUGCCAGUCCUUAAUGCCCAUUAUUUCGGGCAUUGCCUGUUAUUGCAGUAAAGUCUUUAUUUCCUCUGUGCGCCUGUUAACUUUCUACCCAUCUAGCAUGCCUUUAGAUGUCGGGGACCUCCAGAAUCAUAAGUGCCCCUGUUGAUUGUUAGUGUGUGUUUUUACUGUUUUCACAUUGUAGAUUUCCACACAACAUUUCCAAAGCUUUUCCACAAACCAAACCAGAGUCUGUGAAGAAAAAAAAAAAAUCCUAGGACUCUUACCAAAAAACCCCCCUAUGUAGAGAUAACUCUCCUUGAAGUCAUUCCUAAAAGAAUUACAGUUACCCCAGCACCCAAAGAAAAAAAAGUACACAACUUUUUCCCUCUCGACCCCCUGGAGGAGGGCUUUGUCCUUGGCAGCUCCCCUCCUCCACCCUGGACCCAACUCCCCUGGCAUGGCCUUUGGCAUCAGGGAGCAGAUACUGUUAGCGCUUCACUCACCCUCUGCAACUCUUCUCAACCCUCAUCUGCUUGAUCAAAUCUGCUUUGUUUUCUUUAAAAAAAAAA